GAGCGCCGCCGCUGUUGGAGUAUCAACACCACGGGCACCGUUACGUCGGAGCCCGCCGCCGUCUCUUCGCCGACCAAGAGGGGAGUUCGGGAGGGAGUGUUUUGCGGCGUCGACCGCCCGUUCGUUUCGUUCUAUUCUAUUUCUGACCCAGGCGGCUGCGUUACUGCAGCUCGGCGGCCGGCGCUCGCUCACUGACAGCAGAGCUCGUGCAUGUAGCAAGGAAGAGCAGAGAGCGAGAGAGAAAAUGCACGGCUGUAGCAGGGAUGGAGCAACAUGGCCGACUUGGCGGAGCGAGUUGACGAUCUGAUCUGUACUUUCGAGGGUGGAGGCGAAACCACGAUGGACACGGUGGCAAUGUUGAUAUUUGGCUGGAUGGUCUUCGGCCUAUUCGUGCUGGCCAUUGGCAAAUACCUCUACCAGAGGCUCCUCGGCGGCCUGCCCGAGGACGCCAAGCCGGUCAUCGAGGACAUCUCAGCGGUCACCAUCCCCAGUGUCAGUGUCGAGGACGGCGCCAUCGUUGUCAAGCCGGUGCCACCGACCCCGCCGGUGCGUCGCCGCACCGCCCCUAAGAAGGUCAGCCCCGGCCCGGCGCCGCCCCCGGCCUCCGGCAGGUCUGCCAAGGCGGCCAGCCCCGGUUUAGGCGCGCAGCCAAAGCAGCUGGCCCGCCACGGCGCGCCGCUGCUUAACUCACCCACGGCCACUGGACCGGACACGGAUAGUGUCCGCUGGGUCAACCGCGUCUUCCAGUGGCUCUACUGCGACCUCACCGCCGUCCAGGACGUCAUCAACACUUGGAUCCUUGCGCUCAAUGAGUUCACCAAGAAGUCUGUCACAGAGCAUGGAGUUGGUGUUGAAUUUGUGCGUGUUUUGCCCGAGUCCCACGCACCCAGCCUUAGCAGCGUAUUCUCAGAAUGUGCAUCAAACGAUGACGUGACGAUCACUUGUGAUUUUGAAGCUUCACCAGCUUUGCAACUGAAGGCUUUCCGCCAAAAGGGUGAAAAGGUAGAAGUUUCUCACUACAGGGUCAACGUAAACCGACUGAGGGCGAGAUUAAAUUUGAGCGUCAUUACGGAGAAGCUGCUUGUCGACGCUAAAUUUGACGGUUGGCCUGACAUCAAGGUUUCCUUGGCUCAGGUUGGCAGCAUCAGGAACUCGUUUGGCGCCGAUGAGAGUGCCAUGCAGGAGGUGAUAAACGAUAUCGUUGUUACAGCUAUCAGGAGCUCCACCAUUCACCUCAACUUCUCAAAAUACAAUGCUUGCCCUCGCUUUGACCGGUACUCAGGACCGCUCUCCCCAAUCCUGCCAGUGCAUUAUGAUAGCAUGGUAAUUACGAUUUCUUCACAUAAAAUCCAUCAUUCAACACUUGCCGACCUUCACUUGCAGAGCAAUCACACCCGUGCCGCUGCUGAGAAGAGACUUCUUGUAAAAGUUGUUAAGGCUGUCGACUUAGGAUCUGAUAAGGGCUGUGGCGAACCUUACUGUGUGGUGGAAAUGGAUGAGCCACCUCAGAAAUUUGCCACCGCAGUUAGACCGAACACCAACUCCCCCAUUUGGGACGAGCAUUUUAAAUUUGAGCUCAGUCCCCACACCAUGGAGCUGUUGUUUGAAAUAUUCGAUCGAACUAAUCGUCGCUUCCUUGGACUUGGUAUUGUCGGUGUGGAAGAGUUGCUGGCCAAUCCUAGUCAGCGCCAGGUUAUAGUUCUACAACCAAGGCCUUACGAACCAGAUCAGGUGUCUGGAACCCUUACUGUUGAGUUUAUGUUUGUUGACGUCAACGACGGAUCUGUUAUCGGUGGAGUUGGCGACAUGCCGCUGAAACUAAAAGAGACUGUUAAGUCGGUUUCCCCAACUGGUGCAGUUAUAACUACGACAAAGACUGUUUAUUCUAAAGACGGUGUAGCAAACGGAGUAGAUGGACUCGCUGACUCAGCUUUAAGAGAACUGGAGCUGCGCAAUGCUAGAAUUGGUGCUAACACACAGGCCAACAAGAGUACUUUAAUUAUUCACAGCGUACAAAGGCAAACACCCCCUAGACCUGUUGUCAAGGUGGAACUAACCGAAGGGCAGUGGCAUGAAGUUCCUGAAAUUGUGACCCCUGAGCCAGGGCAAGAGGCGGCGGAAUCAUUGGCUGGAGAGGCAACUAAUGGUGUGGAUCCAACUCUAGAUGAGCGAGGGAGAACAAAGAAAAAGAAAAGAGAUUUCUUUGGCACGAUCAAGAAGCGGCUGAGCCGCAGCAAAAAUCGGUCCAAGUCGGUGGACCCAAGUGUCAGAGACGAAUCGUUGGGAAGAGACACUUCGCUUAACCGCUCUGUGUCUGCAGACAGAGCAAGAGAUUCCUCAAUCGGUGAUCCGAACAGAGGUGGCGCAGGUUACCUUUCAGUCCCCAAAGGCCUUGAGGGAUCUACUAGGUCUAGUUUGAGCGAGGCAAGUGGCAUCAGUGGAGCCAGCAACCGAACGUAUGUGAGUGAAGCGUCAACUUUGGUGCUCGAAUCGAUUGAGAACGGAGUAAAGAAACAUUACCUGGUGCCACUAUCGCUUGCACAGCGCAGCAAAUGGCGCAAGAAGGGUAUCAAGCUACACAUCUACAAUGACCAUACUUUCGUGGCCAAGCACUUGCCAGGGGGAACUGUUUGCACUGUGUGCACAAAGUCGGUAGCUAGAAGGAUCGGCAAGCAGGGUUAUGAGUGCCGAGACUGCCUCAUGCGCUGUCACAAACACUGCCACAUCAAAGCAGACAGCACGUGUCCGAAUUCAACCAUCCAGAGCAUAGAGUUGUCUCUGCUGCCUGUACUCAGUGAAUAGGGAAGUGCUGCAGCAGGGUUCGCCUCAUGGUCCAAGUAAACUAGCUUCGUGACACUGUCAUUUUUGUGAUUAUGAAGAAUGAACAUGAGGGACAAUUGAAGUGAUUAAAUUUGCUGUUGUUUUUGCACACAAUCAAACAGAAUUGAAAUUUGCAAAUCCAGUCUCAAUUGUGAUGAAGGAUGAGUAAUCUGAAACGUAUAAUGUCUCUCAAUUUUACAAUUUUAACAAGAUGCAGCAGUCAUAAUCAACUUGCUAUUCCACUUUGAUUUCACAGAUAACAAAGCAAGUAAUAAUAUUAAUAGCAAUCUCCAAUGCAACCAGUUUUCAACUUGUCUGCAUGAGUACUUUUAAACCGCCUUAUAUUGUGAAGUAAAUUUUUAGAACAGGGCUUUAUAAGCGUGUCUUUUUGAAUGCUGUACGUUUUGAUUCUAAUUUUAAAUCUUUUCAAUAUCACUCUCUAUUCUGUUGAUUAGACUCUGUUAGGCUGUCUACGUGAAAGACUGGUUAUAAAUACUUUACUAAAAUUUUGGAGUGUUUCCCCUCUGUUCUUUUUUCUCUCAAUGACAUUAAUACCCCAAAUGCUGAUGAAGCUUCUCUGUAAUAACGAUUAUGAAUCUGCACUUGACAAUGCCUUCUUGAUUAUUAAAAAAUCUGAAAUGAAAACAUUAAAUAAAUGCUUUUAUAAUGUUAAACUUCCCACUCACUAUAGUACUGAUAUAGAUAAACUAAACUUGUACAGCAUGUUGAAAGCUAGCUCUGAAAUUUAUUAAUAAAAGUAUAAUAUAAACAUGA